AUGUUUCGCCGCCACUGGUCCGGCCUGCCCAAAGACGCAGCGUUUCCUUCCGACCUGAAGGGGCUAGGAUACUUCAUCAACGACAAGGACGAGAUUCGGAGCAUCGAGAAUCCCGACAACUACUUCAACUUCUACCUUGAUCGAAACGAACGAAUCAAUCAGCGCCAGCGCUUCCAGUUCGACACUGCCCUUGUGGAGAUUAUCCACCGCCGGCUCAAAGACCAAGGCUUGCAAAAGAUGCGCCUUCCCCUAGGCUCUGGGCCCUCCGAUCGCCAUGUCCCCAUCUUCGUGAGCCCCGACGUUUCCGCCAAGUCUCGCGUGGUGGUCGUGCUGGGCGAGCCGACCCAGAAGCUGGGCUUGCUGGCGGGCAGAGUCGCCAACGGGCCCGGCGGCAUAGACAAAGGCAGCAUGGUAUCCGUGGUCCGCGAGAUCCGCCGCCAGAAAUCCACGGCGUCGGAUCCGUCCCCGCCCGGCGUGGUGCUCGCCAACACGGGCGAAUUGUACUGGUGGCCGCGAGGCCAACGAGCUCUGACUGUCUCGGACAGCGCGGCCGUUCCUCUCCCUAGCCUGGUGCACGCCGGGGUCAAGUACGUCGACGGGGUCAACGACGUCCCCGGGAACAAGAACCCCGAACAGCACGUCGCGUAUGUUUUCGACGAGGUGCUGCGGACAAUGAUGAGCAAGGAUUGCAGAGUCAGCGUGGUCGCCAUCGGGCAGAGCUGCGAGCUGGUCGCUCGGUUCCUGGAUAGCACGGCUGCUUGGGAGCGCUGGUGCGAGCACUUGGACGCAGCGCUGCUUCUGGGCACCGUCUACCCUGUUGAGGAUCUUGCAAACGACGCUCUCAAGACGUUUCUCGCAAGGAAAUCACGAGGCUACAUCCUCUCCUCGGAUCCUCUCGACGCGCCGCUCGCUCCACCCUCAGGCCACCCUGCCGAAAACAUCCCGCCUCUCGGCUGCCCAUGCUACUCCUCGGGCGAGUCCUCCUAUACCGAAAACAUCUUGAUCAGGGCCCUCGCGCCUGCUCUCGGGUACCUUGAACAUGUAGCCACCACUCCAGACUAUCACAACGGUGACAUCGUCGUGGUGGAGAGGCCGCAAGAGGACAUCAACCAAGACGAUUGGGCCAAAGUACCCGACGGGGACAAACCGACCAUCACGGCCGUAGGUGCGAACCGCAUCAAGGAAGAAGUGAGGAUGGCGAAGCGGUGGAGACGGGCUGUGAGGACGGGGGAAGCGCCAGAUACGGAUAGCUCAGACGAGGACUUUUCUUGA